AUCCCAUGCAUGCAGUAUAGAAUGAGGUUUGUCAGUGACAGGUCUCAUAAUUAUGUAUUGUUGCAUGAUCUGAGACAGUAUUUAAUCAUUGUUGAAGGUAUUGUGUUCUUUUGAUUUGUAGCAGUGUUCAGUUGAGUGCUUUAUUUGGUCAUUCAUGGUCAUUCAUCCCUCAGCUGAUUUAUAUGAAGUAUCAAUCGAGUUUCCUAGAUUAAUUUUAGUGACUGCCCUUCUCUCUGCGUAUGUUCAAUUAUUGUACCACAUGUGGCUUAGAAGUUACAGCUGUUGUAUCAGUCUUCUGUUACUCAUUGCUUCUGCGCACAUGGAAGACCAGCUCCAGGAGCUAUGUGAGAUACAUUUAUCUGUGUCAAAAGAAGCUUCUGUAGCAGUUGAAGAGUGGAGACAACAAUAUGCUCAAUACGUGAAGAAUGAAAGAAACCUUACUGAGACGAUUUACCUGAGAUUUUACAGCCUUCAAGAAGCACUUUCAGCUCUAAACACGACAGAUUUUCCCAGUACCGACAGUUGUGUACAACUUGUGAUCCCCACCGGAACACACACAGUAACCAGCAAAGUUGUUAUUGCACAGAAUCUGAAAAUGUUGGCUAAUGACUCUUAUGAUGAUGUUAUUGUCAAAUUUAAUGUCUCUACACAAGAAAAUGUCAGUACCUUUAAUGUCAUCACUUUCAAGAAUGCUGAUUAUGUGGUACUCAAAGGGAUAAAGUUCAUAGGCAGCCCCGGGAUCAUCGCUAUGGAGAGCAUUGCAUACAUACAUGUGUCGCAUUGUCAUUUCAGUUCGUUUGAUCGAGGUGCUCUAGAUAUGUACAUGUGCUUGAGAGUUGUGGUUCACAACUGCACAUUUGAGGACAAUGGAUUCUCUGGAGUGACCAAACAAGACCAAUACAGAGGCCACGCUGGAGGUCUCUCUGUAGGCUAUGACGAUAAUGGUACUGAGAUAUUGUCUUCCAUCAAUCGAGGUUUAUUAGUCUCAGACUGUGUCUUCAGAAAUAAUACCAGCAAGCCAGACGGCCCUCCUAUCUCCACCACUCGUUUAUUUCAGGUUUACCAGUUUGUAGGACGAGGCGGUUCCAUUGCCGUGAGUAUAAACUCGACUUUCUCCUAUAAUGUCAUCAUUCAAGACUGCGUCAUUAAAAAUGGCUAUGCUCGAUCUUCUGGUGGAGGAAUGUAUAUUGUGUUCAGUGGACUUGCUAGUCACACGACUGUCAUAAACUCAACAUAUUUCAUCACGAAUAAUUGUGAUGGCCCAGGAGGUGGAAUUCAUAUCGGAUAUGUAGAAGGACCGUAUUUAUUUGCUUCUAGCCUCAAAAUGGAUUCUUCUGUGUUUAAGAAGAAUUCAGCUGAUUUUGGAGGAGCAAUUCAUGUGCUUACCAAUCAACGUGAGUUUACAAGCAGUGCUCAACUGAGUUAUUCUGCGAACAUCAACAAUUGCUUGUUCACUGGAAACACUGCGGAGUUUGGUGCAGCCAUAUCUCUCUCCUCUCUCCUCUUACUGGUGGAUACAAGUCGUGUGCUGCCAUUGGUUUUCAGGGACUGCAUGUUCAUCAAGAACAAAGGAAAAUAUACAAAUACUGGAACAACACUGAGCAUUGCUCAUCUUCCUCUGGCCUUUUAUGGACACAAUGUAUUUGAUGAUAAUGAAGGAUUUGGUCUAGUGCUUAGUGGGACUCGAGCUGAUAUUCAUGGAUCUCUUGUGUUCUCUGGAAAUAAGAAAGGAGGAGGUAUCAUAAGCAUUGCAAUGCUCGCCACUUCUUUUAGCCAGUUACGUCUGUACAAAGGAGCAAGUAUUAAAUUUGAUGGAAAUUAUGGAACGAUAGGGGCUGCCAUGAUUAUCAGUAUCAUACCGAACAUAUCAAGAAGCUACUCGCAACUCCAGAACAAUCCACUAUGUGUGCUUCGGUAUGAGCAGCCCACUAUGCCACCAAAUACAUGGGAAAAUGUGAGUAUCCAGUUUUCCAACAACACUUCCACCUUUGGCUCAACAGUUCUCAUUGAUAAUAUCGAUCUAUGCUCCUGGACCGGCUCUACCGCUGAACAUUUCGAUAGGCAACAAGUUUUUCGUUGGAACUUCAUCAACUAUACAAACGACAACGACAAUAUAGCCCAUUUUCCUGAUCAAUACAAUUCAAAGUGGCACGUUCAAACACGAGCAGAAAGAAUAGUCAACAGUGGCAAUAAGACAAUAACUGCUUACCCGGGCCAGAAAUUCUCACUGAACAUUACUGGAAUUGAUCAGCUUGGACAGCCAAUAUCUGAAGCCUCUCAUUUGUAUGAUGGUGAUAUCCUAUUCAGUCCAUCAGCAGCUGCUCCUGAUGCAAUACAUUUUGAGAGUAUCACAACAAAAUACUACACGACUGCCUCUACUGAAGAAGAUGUUAAGGAGUACGGUGCUACCAAUAUAACUAUCAACACAAUCAUAGCAGAUGCAGUGGCUCCUCUCCAAGUCACCUUGAUUCCAAAAUCCUGUCCGGUGGGGUUCCAUCUUAUUGAGAAAGAGAAGGGCAUCCAGAUUACUGAAAAGGAGAGUAACAAGUCAUUCUACUAUUGUGACUGCAAUGAAAACAAUAAUGAGAACAUACUAAAAUGUGAAGGAGAAACAAUAAUACUAAAGAACGGACUAUGGGCUAGUGAGUCUAAUGAGGACAGCGCCAAAGAUAAGCUAGUGGUACACCAAUGUCCUCAUUAUUAUUGUCAGUGUUUGAGUGUGAUAGCUAACAAGACUGUGGAGUGCAAAUACAAAUUCAACUCCACGUAUCCUGAUCAGCAGUGUCAUUGUAAGAGAAAAGGUAUACUUUGCGGAAGUUGCAAGAAUGAGAGUGAUGGAUUUACAGCUCUCUUGAAUACUUGUGACACAUGCGGUUACGAAAAUAUGCUCUACAUUGUAGCCUUAGUGAUAGCAGACACUAUUGUGAUAGCAGUGCUGUUGUCCCUCAAAGAAUCUCCUUCUGCCUGGCUAUACCCCACUCUAUUCUACCUACAGGUGGUUCCAUAUAUGACUUUCCAUUUUCCUUCAACAUUUGAAGUUUUCCGUCCAUAUGUUUACUUUGUGAGCAGUGCUCUCAGCUUUUAUUUUGCUUACGACUUUUGUCUGGGGCCACAAAUUCCAGCGAUUGGCAUAUACUUCGUAAAGUUUGUGUCAUUUUUGAUCUCUGUAGCAGUUUCCAUUGUGGUCCUCUUAAUCAGAAAUUGCUACUACAAGUUACAUAAGAAGGCUUGGCCUGGUCUUUGGUGGGUUAUCCUGUUCCAGUUCACUCAUCUUGUUCACACGUGUGUCUCUGUACUUGACUGUCCUCGACUGGCCGGGAAGGAUGGAGUCAUUGAGCCACGGUGGUACGUAAAUGGAGAUGUGACUUGUUUUGAGGGAGCGCAUUCUGCUCUGGCAGUGAUGUCUAUUCUGGUACUACUGUUCUGUACUCUGAUUAUACUCAUCAUUCCUCUGUACACCAUUGGUUUCUUACAGAAGCCGUACUGGCUGGCAAAUGCUAUUAGACCGAUGACAGCUACCUUCAAGAGUAUAUGCCGGUGGUGGGGAGCGAUUGAACUUAUACGAAGACUGAUGGUUGUUGUGAUGGUGGCUGCAUUUCCAGGAAACUAUUUUCCGCUGAUCUUCUCUCUGAUGAUGUCCAUUGGACUAUGCCUAUUUCUUCAGCCUUACAAGAGUGUCUUUGCUAAUGUCAUGGAAGCAGUUUUAGCAGUCAAUGUGUUGGUGUUACUAGAAAUGCGUAAUGUAGAUGUGGAUCUUAGAUACACAACAAUUUUCUUUGUAUUCGAGGGCCCUGGAACUGACAACCAGUGCUUGGAUGGAGGAAUACAGGCCACCAGCUUUGUCUCUUUUGUACUCGCACCCUUCUAUUACAUUCCCCUGGUUACCUUCAUCUCUAUAGCAGCUGUCAGUGGAGUUGUGCUUCUAAGGAAUCGAUACUGUACACGCCAGAAGAUGGUGCUUGAGGAACAGCACAAUGACAACCAAUACAGAGGCUACUAUUACAGAGCUGAAGACAACACUGCUGCUAGUUUCUCUGUCGAACUCAGUGGUCAACAAAUACCUCUAUCUGAACUUGUUCGGGCAAUUUUCAGUCGCCGUCGAAGAGAGGAUUACAAUGUCAAAACUUCUCUGCCAACUAAUACUCUUCCGAACCGACCUACGCUAACAAAACACAAGAUAAGUGUAAAGCCAAGAUCAAGUUCAGAAAUCAAUCAUAACUCGGUAUAUAGAAAUCGUAGAAGUUCAACUUCCAUCAAGAAAGACAAUCCUGAUGAGUUUGAGCUCAUAGAACUUCAACAAGUAGAUGAAUCUGACAACUAAUAUUUGUACUGUAUGCUUUUCUCGGUAUAAUUUAUUGAUAUGUUGUAA